AUGUCACUUCGAUCACAAUCCUUAUCCUAUCGGCAUUUCAAUGUCUCUUUCCCGCAUGAACGCGUGGUGCAGGUCACCCUGAACAGACCCGAAAAACUAAAUUCCAUCAACAAAGAGACUAGCGUCGAGAUCGCAAAGAUCUGGGAACUUUUCGAUCAAGAUGACAGUCUUUGGGUAGGCAUCAUUACAGGCAAUGGGAGAGCUUUUUGUACAGGAGCCGAUCUAGGCGAAUGGAACGCAAUGGUCGCAGCUGGUGUAGUCAACGAUAUGUCCCCGCCCGGUCUCGCCGGUCUCCCACGUCGCAACGGCAAGAAGCCGAUUAUCGCUGCUGUGAACGGCAUCUGCAUGGGCGGCGGCUUUGAGAUGGUGGCAAACUGCGAUCUGGUUAUCGCGUCUGCAUCAGCCGUCUUCUCUCUCCCCGAGGUCAAACGCGGUAUCGUGCCCGUUGCCGGUUGUCUUCCCCGGCUCACUCGGACCAUCGGUCUUCAGCGGACCAUGGAUCUCGUGUUGACGGGACGUACAGUGCCCGCCAGCACUCUCUAUGACUACGGUCUAGUCACCCAGAUUGUGGAUGCCGACAAGGACAUCGCCCAGGCUGCAGUGAAGCUCGCGGAAGAAAUGUGUAAAAACAGCCCAGACGCGCUCAUUGUGGGUCGUCUCGGGGUUCGGUUAAGCUGGGAGGCUGGCAGCGCGGAGGACGCUGUGACGAAUCUGGCGGAUCAAUGGUAUCCACGUUUAUAUGCGGGCGCCAACUUUGCCGAAGGAAUCCGGGCGUUUGUGGAGAAGCGACCGCCGAAUUGGAUUGAUUCCAAACUGUGA